UUCACAUUUAAAAAGGUUUUGAUCACUUAAGAAAUGACUGGGGAAAUUCCAUAAAAAUCAGUCAACGUGCAGAACUCUCUAAUGUAAAUGUGCGGGAUUGUAUAUGCCCUGCAAACACAACAAAACACUUCAUACUGUAUCUGCUAAGUAAUAACGAAAGAUACAAUAAUUAAUAACUAUUACAGAGAAAAAUAAUCAGAAAACCCAAGGGGUGUGCAUUGUUCCCUGUAGUCCACUGAUCAAAGCACACUUCACUAGAUGUGCCGGUCUUGAUUUAUAUAUAAGCGUAUGUACAGGUACUAAUAUAAAUAGUCAGAGAAUGUGAAAUAUGAUACAGUGGUAGCAAACGUAACUGCGGUAGAUAUGAAUUAGAUGCGCGCUGCUCACCGGAAAGUAAUAUGAGAAAUUUCUACUCAAGCGAAUCUAUACGAAUCUAAACACUUAACGCUGAACCGGUUGUACAGACACACUUCGAUCAUUGUUUAUUGCAUUCCACCUCCUUCUCCCCCCAAAACAAAACUCCGCCUCCCUGCCAAGCGCCGCUGACCUGCUGCUCAAAUGACAGGAUGAACACGGAGCUUCUGCUCUUCAGAGAUCUUCAGUGUUCCCUUCGCCUGCAGUCCGAUUUCUCAAAUAAGCAAUGGCCGCGGCCUCUGUGCUCUGCUUUUUUCAAUGGCUCGGCCUCAGAAGUGUUUUGACGUUUCUUGCUUUGUUUUUAAUACUGGGCGUCUUAAUAAAACAGAAAGUUACAAAAAAUUUCCCCCCCGGACCCUGGUCGUUACCUUUGGUCGGCGACUUAUUUCGCAUUGAUGCAUCAAAAAUCCACCUUCAGUUUGCGGAGUUUGCCAAGCAAUAUGGAAACAUUUUCACUCUUCAUCUGGGACAAAACAUCGUUGUUGUGAACGGUUUUAAACUCAUGAAAGAAGCUCUAGUUCAACACGGAGAAAACUUUGCAGAUCGCCCAAAGGUGCCACUAUUUGAUGAUAUUAUGCAUAACCGCGGUUUAGUGAACUCCAAUGGCUACCUAUGGAAACAACAAAGGAGGUUUGCUCUCUUUACCCUGAAGAACUUUGGACUGGGCAAAAAGAGCCUUGAGCCAUCCAUUCAGGUGGAGAGCACAUUCCUGAAUGAGGUCAUAACUAAUACACAAGGCCAACCAUUUGACCCUCAGUUCACCGUGAACAAUGCCGUGUCCAACAUCAUCUGCUGCCUGGUGUUUGGGGAUCGCUUUGACUACAGUGACAGCAACUUCCGAACUCUGCUGAAGAUGAUCAAUGAAACUGUCUAUUUAGAAGGAAGCAUUUGGGCUCAGAUAUAUAAUAUGUUCCCCUGGUUGAUGAGGAGAAUCCCUGGUCCCCACAAGAAAGUAUUUUCACACUGUGAAACUCUGAUCUCUUUUAUCCGGCUAAAAAUUAAGGAGCAUCAGGAAACCUGGGACCCAUCAUCUCCGAGAGACUAUAUAGACAGCUUCCUGUCGGAGAUGGAAAAGCGGAAAGAUGAUGUUGAUGCCGGUUUUAAUGAGGAGAACUUGUGUUACUGCACCUUCGAUCUGUUCCUGGCUGGAACUGAAACUACAUCUACAACUUUGUAUUGGGGCCUGUUGUACAUGAUCAAAUAUCCAGACAUACAAGAGAAGGUGCAGGCUGAGAUAGACAGUGUGGUUGGACGGUCACGUCAGCCCAGCAUGGCGGACAGGCCGAACAUGCCGUACACUGACGCUGUCAUCCAUGAGAUACAGAGGAUGGGCAACAUUAUACCACUGAAUGCACGUUCAGCCACAAAAGACACAGAGCUGGGAGGAUACACAAUUCCAAAGGGAACAAUGCUGAUGUUGACUUUACACACUGUGCUCUUUGAUGAGACUGAAUGGGAGACUCCCUUCACCUUCAAUCCUGGACAUUUCCUGGAUGCAGAGGGGAAGUUCAGGAGGAGAGAUGCCUUCCUGCCCUUUUCAGCUGGGAAGAGAGUGUGCCUGGGGGAGCAGCUGGCUCGGAUGGAGCUCUUCCUGUUCUUCACCUCCCUUCUCCAGCACUUCACCUUCUCUCCACCACCAGGGAUGGAGCCUAGGAUGGAGUUCAAGUUGGGGGGCACCCACAGUCCCAAACCGUACAAGCUGUGUGCCACCCCCCGCUGAGUUAUCUGCCGGAAAUAAGUCACUGUCAGUUAAAGUUUAUUCAUUUCAUGUAUUUGUUAAUUCUGAGAACAGCUGAUAGCAUGAUUGGAUGUGUGUGUGCCCUAUAAUGGACUGGCAUCCUAUACAGGGAAUCUCCCGCCUCCUGCCCUGUGUUUACUCGGUUCCAAGCCCCCCCUAUACUGGAUAUGUGGAAACAUAUCAAACACUCUCCUACAUUAGUAACAUCUGGAUACUCCUGAAAAAAAAAACUUCACAUGCAGAAAUUACAACCUUGUCACGGCUUUAGCUACGAGGAAGAAAUUACGUCAUGCUGUUCUUCACAUUUAAAAAGGUUUUGAUCACUUAAGAAAUGACUGGGGAAAUUCCAUAAAAAUCAGUCAACGUGCAGAACUCUAAUGUAAAUGUGCGGGAUUGUAUAGCCACUUCAUACUGUAUCUGCUAAGUAAUAACGAAAGAUACAAUAAUUAAUAACUAUUACAGAGAAAAAUAAUCAGAAAACCCAAGGGGUGUGCAUUGUUCCCUGUAGUCCACUGAUCAAAGCACACUUCACUAGAUGUGCCGGUCUUGUCUUAUAUAUAAGAGUAUGUACAGGUACUAAUAUAAACAGUCAGAGAAUGUGAAAUAUGAUACAGUGGUAGCAAACGUAACUGCGGUAGAUAUGAAUUAAUAUCACAAGUAAUAUGAGAAAUUUCUACUCAAGCGAAUCUAUUCGAAUCUAUACACUUGUACAGACACACCUCGAUCAUUGUUUAUUGCAUUCCACCUCCUUCUCCCCCCAAAACAAAACUCCGCCUCCCUGCCAAGCGCCGCUGACCUGCUGCUCAAAUGACAGGAUGAACACGGAGCUUCUGCUCUUCAGAGAUCUUCAGUGUUCCCUUCGCCUGCAGUCCGAUUUCUCACAUAAGCAAUGACCGCGGCCUCUGUGCUCUGCUUUUUUCAAUGGCUCGGCCUCAGAAGUGUUUUGACGUUUCUUGCUUUGUUUUUAAUACUGGGCGUCUUAAUAAAACAGAAAGCUACUAAAAACUCCCCCCCCCGGACCCUGGUCGUUACCUUUGGUCGGUCUCGGGACUCACAGAUAUUCAGAGACAUGUGGAUAGUUUACCAGUGUUUUUCAGCAGGAAAUAGUUAUUACUACAAAUUGUCACCCCCCCCCACAGAAACUGGAUCUGGCUAUAGUGGAAAAAUCUUUGUUUUUUAUUAUUUGUGAGAACUUGAAAGCCCUUAAAUUGCUUUCAGCAAAGUAAACAAAACUUGGAAAAAAUAUAUGCUCAUUCACCAGCAGUUUCAAAAUCUGGGGUCUAAAGUGCUCAGGCUUGCUAAUGUGUAUUUGGUUAUUUGUCUAUCCUAGACUGUUGCAGUGUAUAUUUCCUGUUUACUUUGCAUGUAAAAAUGUUGUUUGUUAUGUCAGUGCUUAGUAUUAUCAUGCAGUCUUCAUGAACUUUGUUUUAACCCGACUUAAUGACUUUCUUCAUCUUGGGCCAGAUUUUCAAACCAAGAAAUUUAGCUGGGCCAGACAUUUUCAGCGGCCCAGUAAGCAGCAGGUAAUGGCAUUUUAAACAAACACAAAUCCAUCCAUCCAUCCAUUUUCCAAUCUGCCUAUCCUACUGGGUCGCGGGGGGUCCGGAGCCCAUCCCGGAAGCAAUGGGCACGAGGCAGGGAACAACCCAGGAUGGGGGGCCAGCCCAUCGCAGGGCACACUCACACACCAUUCACACACACAUGCACACCUACGGGCAAUUUAGCAACUCCAAUUAGCCUCAGCAUGUUUUUGGACUGUGGGGGGAAACCGGAGUAUCCGGAGAAAACCCCACGACGACAUGGGGAGAACAUGCAAACUCCGCACACAUGCGACCCAGGCGGAGACUCGAACCCGGGUCCCAGAGGUGUGAGGCAACAGUGCUAACCACUGCACCACCAUGCCGCCCCCUGUAUGCUAUUUCAUUGUAUAAAAAGAAACUUACUGUACUGUACAAUAAAGUAUUUCACCACUG